AGCGGAAUGAUGAUCUGAACAUGGCGCCGAUCCUUGGGUCGGUUGCCCAAGUUUUACGGUAAAAAUUUUCAAUUCUUCAUUUUGAAUUUUGUAAAAUAAUACUUAUGAACAUUAUGCUUAAUUAUCCAUUGUUUCAUUCUACCCCUUUUAUUUUCAACAGGCAAGCGGAAACAUUGAAAGCCGCUUUGAAAAGUAAGUUUUGUAUAUGCGGAAAACAGUUGCAAUUUUUUUUUUCAUUUGUUUUUCUUUUUUGUUUACAAUUAGAGCUGAAAAGCUUUUAUUUUCAAGAGGCUGCGUUACGGCUUUUAAAAUAUGAGAAAUCUAUUUCCUGGAGGAAAUGUUCAAGUGUUGCCUCGUUCUUUUUAUUUGUUUGUGAGUUUGAGUAUCUUAAGGCUCCAAACAAACUCGAUAUCUUUUGGUUUUAUAUUAAUUAGUCCUACUGAGGUGUCUAUGAGUUUCUUUCUCGACUCAAAGAGGAUGAUGAUACCGAUCGAAAACAAGGAGGAAAGGAAACAAUGAUUCGAUGUGUUAACCAGCUCUUAUUAAAAAACAAAGUGAUAAUUUUUCCAUCUUCUAGUCAAGAAAACAAUAGUUUAGUAUGUAGUUGGGUUAUGCACUUAGCUUGAAUAUGUCUGUCAGCUGUUUGAGUUCUCAAGGAAUUCUUUAAUUUCUUCUUUGCCACCUCCUUCAUGUGAGGAAUUAUUUCAUGGGGUGUGGACUUUUGCAGAAGUAUUUCCUCUUUAGGCUGGGUUGUAUCCUGGUGUACUCGUAUUCUUUGUGGAUAAUGCCCUGUAUUUCCCCCUACUAGAGGUUUCCAGUGUUGAGUGCAUAGGUAAAUGUCAUUUAGUACAAGAUACUAUAACAGUUUUCAUCAUGCAUUAAUUAAUAAUGACAUAUAUGAAAGACAGCCAACUUAUAUGACUUACUCAGUAAGGACAUUAAUUUUCUUUAGGCAGUGUUGAAGAUUUUGCUGUUGGCAGUGAAGGAUGGCAGUCUAGGCAGAGGUAGAUUUAAAAACAAUUUUUGACCUAAGUUACCAUGAAUAUUUUGUUACUGGACCUGGCAAUGUAAUGUUCUGCUUAAACAAAUAUUUACUCAACCAUUAUGGCUUUUUUUUGGAUGGAAAUAUUUUGAAUUCACAAAUCUACUUGUGAGUAGGUCAGUUUUCAUUACUUACUGUAUAUAUUGGUGGUGUAAUUAAUAUACACAUAUUAAUGUGUGGAAUAAACCAACUGCUCCCAAAGGUGUCAAAAAUGAAGUAUCAAGGACUGAUGCUUAAUUCAUUGAAUGAUUGACCAACUGACUAGAGACACUCUUCCCUUUCUUCAGAAAUAUUUUAAGAUUGAUUUUUUUUCUUGAUUUUUGAAUUUUUUUUUUAAAUCUCUGUGGCCCUGAAAAAUUCCAGUGGUCCCAAAAGUUCUUCAUAUCACACAUUGGGUACAACUUAGGGAGACCAGACAUUUGGAAUUCAUUUUUAUCUUAUAAAUGCAGAAAUGUUGCCAAUCAUAAAAGUAUUUUUAAAAAGAGUGAAAGAAAAUUCCUAAUUACCAUGAACAUUUCAUUAGAUGGUCUGUUUUUUUUUUUUUGCCAGACUACAAGAUUUGUACAAAAGUAUCCUGCUAACAGACUUAGAGUCUGCCCUUGACAAGAAGGUGGAACAAGACUUGUAAGUUAUUUGUUAAAUUAGUAUACCUGAUAUUACUUUCAUGUUGUCAAAAUGCCAGCAUUAAUAGCAAAUUCAAAAGAAUUAAAAAAUGAAUCAUUUUUAUAACUAAUUGCUUAUCUAUGAGAGCCAAUCAACAACUAAGACUGUCUGACAGUUUUGUGUCUCUCUGGAGUUGUUACUGAUUGUGUCAAGCUAUGUUGAUUUUGUGCACUAAUGAUUUAAACUAAAAUAACUUAUAUUUUCCUUGAAAUUUUAGGUGGAACAGUGCUUUUAAAAGCCAGAUUGACUUUUUAAGACAUCAAACGAAGGAAAGGAAGGUACUGGUAACUAUAGUAUUUAACUUUCUAACUCUGGGAAGUGAUUGCUUAACAUAUUGAUGGUAUUUCAUGUCAGUUAGCCCUUUACAGUCAGCUCUUGUUAUUGCAGACAGCCUUGGGGGAAGAUUUAGUGUCUGUAAUAGUGAGAGUCUGUAAUAGCAGGGUACAAGAGAAAAAAAAAUUUUGUCUCUAAACACAUGAAAUCAUGUGUAAAUAUACAAACAUAAAGUAUAUAAUGUGGCCCUCACAACCUGGAAAAAAUCCGGCUCCAAGCAGGAAAUUAUUUUCUUUGCACCCAAUUGAAGAAUGGUUUCUUUUUUUUCCUUUAUCAUAAUGUUGUGUUAUAUUAUGUGAGUCAGGAUUUUGGAUGAAGUGUCCUCCUUAAUGAGAGAAGACAACAAGUGAAAUGUUGUGUUGGGGGGCAUGAAAGUACCCCCAUUUCCAAAAUAGUGAGAGCCCCCAAUAACGGGAGUUAUUUAAGUCAUUUCUUUAUACAUUUACAUUUCACUGAAGGGCUGGCUCUUGUCCUCAGUGGUGGGUGUCCAUAAUAACAAGGUGUUCACAGGGCAAGAGUCGACUGUAACAGGAGAAUUUCAAACUCAGAACACUAAAAAUGUUGCAAAUAUUUCUAGAACACUGCUACAUCAAGAUUUAAAAAAAAAAUUUGAUGGCUUUCAUGUCCUUUAAUCUACAAUAUGAUUUUUCCUAACACUUAAGACAUCCCCUCAGUCAGGGUUGUCGAAGAGAUUUUGAGUAACUGGACUGAAAUAUAAAGUAGGCAGCACAAUUACAUGCUUUUAUGCUGAAAAUUGAGCCACAAAACAUUGGAAUGGCUGGUGCAUUUUUCAGAGUAGAUGGUGAAAUGCUCCAGAUUGGCGGCUAAUUUUGACAACCUGCCACAGUGCUCAAACAUUCACAGCUAUUAAUGGGCGUAGAAUGCUUAUCAGUUAAAUGAUGUUCCCUUGACACAACAUCAAACUCUCUCACGUUAUUUUAUGCGAAAUGUAUAGCAAUAAGAGGGGAGAACUCAUAAUAAGAUCAUAGCAGAUAAAAUUGCUUGAUCCAUUUGAUUUUAAUUCAUAAUUUCAUGUUGAAUUCUAGGGCUCCAAAAAAUUGGAGGUCCAGGCUGUUUUGACCUUAUUUCUUGAAGCUGCCAGUGGCUUUUAUAUUCAGGUGGGGAAAUAAGCCAUUUGAGUCUCUUGGCAAAUAACUUCUGAUGCAGCUAAAAAAUUUUCUUUGUGUUUGUUCUAUUUUUCUCUCUUUUGAAUUUGAAUUUAUCGACUUUGUUUAAAAGGGAAAUUUUUAGGAUUUUUUUGGAUGUCACAGUUCUACCUGAUGAAAUGUUCUGUGUUUUUCUCAACAGCUGUUGCAGGAGUUGUGCCUGACAUACAGGCUAGACAUUCCUGGUCAUGUCAGGUCAUCACAGCUGGGUAUUCUUGAAGGUAGGUAAAAAAAGUCUGCUUCUGAGACUGAAUUGAACAACUGCUACUGCAGCUUAUUCUGAAUCCCUUAGCAUGAAAUGGCUCCUUCAUGGACAGGUUGUCAGUUCAUUCCAGACCACUCCAGGUAUUUCAUGAGGCAGCCAGUUACAUGUCUAUGAUGUUUUGCCAGUUUAUUAUAACUUUAUCCUCUUUAGUGCAGAGGAGGCGCAGUGGCCUUAUGGUUAGUGCGCUUGACUCCGGAUCGGGUGGUCUGGGUCUGAGCCCUGUGUUCUUAGGCUUUUACUCUCACAGUCCUUCUCUUCACCCGACUGGACUGGCAUCCCAUCCCGGGGGGAAUAGCAAUACUCCUUGUCGCUAAGAAAACCAGAGUUAAGCACUGGCCCCAUGGGCCACUUGGGCCUGUAUAAAGGCUUACUUGAGUGCAGAGAGGCACCUAAAGGCCUGACUUGUAUCUCUCUUCUCCUUACAAUAUUACCUUUGAAUCAAACAUAAAGGGCAUAAUGAUGAAGGAACUUGAUUGUUAGACAAAUUCUUGUUGUUAUUAUCAUAGGAGAUGUAGAGAGAUUAGUGUGGAGAAAAUGAAUACUAAUUAUAGAGUGUGAAGAAUUAGUAUCCUGCUCAAGAUUCCAUGAUCCAAGCCAGGGUCCAAAUGUGGACCCAGCCUCCAUGUCCAUUGUCAUAAUAUUUCUUUGAUACUUUCAUUCCAGAAAUCAAUGGCAACAGUAGUCCAGUGAAGAAGCCUCACACUCAGUCUUGUUAUUAUAUCUGCCAAGACUGUCUGGUCCACUUAGGAGAUAUUGGUAAGUAUCCUGCCCAAAAUUUUCCUUUGUGACUAAUUAUAGACAAUUUUGCCUAGAACUUGAUCACCUUCUGAAGUGAAGUGUACUCAGGCCACUAACCAAAUGUUGUUUCCAUAAUUGCAAAUAUUUUCCUAAUGUUUAGCAGAUUUAAAUAUUCUUGAAUUGAUGAGAUACAAGUCAAAUGUUUCAUAGGAAGCAAGGUUUAAUUGCCAUGGUAUUUUUGGGGUUAAUUUCCUGUAAUGUUCAAUAUUUGUUUCUGAAUUUUAAGCCAUUACUACAACUGACGCAAGACUAUGGAAACUGGGCUCUACUAACAGUAGACAGUGUUAAUGAAGAUUUUAAAUUAAGAAUGUGAUGGAUUUUCAAGUUUUUUGCAGCACUUAACAUUGGUUGUACCUAUUCAAAAGAUUUAAAUAAUAUUUUUGUAGCAGAGCAACAACUUUCCAAAAAAAUCAAUACUGGGCAGAGAGUAAUAAAAAACUGUGAUACUGAGACACCUUGUGCUUACUUGAUAUUUGAAUGGCACUCCCCAGCUGGCUUGAGUUUAUUUUGAGAUGCUGUUUUUUUCCUGCAAUUGAACAUUUUAUUUCUCUCUCUCUCUUGUGCAGCACGUUAUUGUGAUGACCCUGAGCAGGCUGAAGUGUUUUAUCAUCAUGCUCUUGUAUUAGUGCCAUCAAAUGGUAAUGAAAACCUAUUUUCUCUUAUGAAUUGCUUCAAAUUGAAUAAAGACUACUUUGAAAAGUCUUGGAAAUAAGUAGAUGGAAGCUACAGUCCGUACUUAACCAACAGUGAAAACUUCCCAUUACUUGCAACAGACACCACACACUACCAACAACUGUGUUUCACAUUGUUUAAUGAAACUGCACCUGACUUGUUAUUUAUUCAUCAGGUCAACCAUACAACCAGUUGGCCAUUCUAGCAAGUGGUAAAGGAGAUGAGCUGGGUACUGUGUAUUACUACUGUAGGAGGUAAAUUGAUAUAACGAUAACAGGAUAAUUUGGUAUUAUCAACUGAGUUCAUAAUAUAAAUUGGCCACAGUAGAGAGUUUCAAAACUGACGUCUUGAAUGUUAACCCUUUGUUUUUUGCUCUAAUGAAGGGCUAACACCUGAAAAAUCAGUUUUUAAACGCUUUACAGUGUCCAGUUUGUUUAUACUCUCCCACUGACACAGCACCACAGUUUCUUUUGAACUUACCCCCUUUAUUGAUAUAAAGAUAAGUUUUCUGUGGAAUCAAUAUUUAAUGUACAUCAGUGAUGGUGAACCUUUGGAGUCUGUCAUAUAGUUGAUUUUUUGUCUUAUUACAAUGAUGAUCAUACAGUACACAUUAGUUAUACUCCUCUGAUAGAACCAUACAGUCAAUGAACACUAUGUAACAACUCAUAUUUUAAAUUAACAUAAAGUAGUUUAAGUUCCAAAAUCGCUCAAGGCAGGAGGCUGAACAGAGAGUAAGGGACAUGAAUGACUGACCAGCAGAAUAGCCACAUUGCCUCCUGUCAUUUUUUAAUUUAUCCUGUACUAGCUAUGUUUAAUAUUUUUCAGCAUUGCUGUUAAGAAUCCAUUCCCAGCUGCAUCAACAAAUCUUCACAAAACAUUGAGCAAAGUGGUUUCCAGGCACAAUACAAGGUAAGGGAAGUGGUAAUGUCUCAUGAUAGAGUUAAAAUGUAUUGAUUUUAUUUACUAGGUAUAUAAUAUUAUUAGUAAUUGAUAUCUUUGUUUAAUUCAAAUUUGGUCUAUGAUAAAUAAAAGUAAAUCAAAUUAAUUAAAAUUCAGUUCAUUGAAUUGUAUUUGACAUCAAAUGUGAGCUUUAAAAUGUUGAAUUUAAACUUAACAUGUUCACAGCUCAGGUCAUUAUCUACAGUAAAUUUGUAUUUUGUAUUUUUUUUCAGAGAUGGCAUUGCAGACAUAUCCAAGGCAGAGUUUAGCCAUAUUUUCCUACAAUUUCAUGGCCUCAUGUAUCUUGCUCAAGGUAGCGCAUUCUGUUUCUUGUUUUUGUUGAAAAGUAAUGUUGUUCCCAUGUCGUGCCCUAUGGAAUGCAGGGCAAGAAUGUUUGACAUUUAGUUAAUGUUAGUGUCAAGUUGUAUUCAUGGGUAGUUAUAAAGUUAAAGCAAUGAUAAAAAUAUGCCCAUUGCAUUUUUUUCUUGAUUUUGUUCACCACAGAUUUUGAUCAAGCAAGAAUUCUGAAAGAUCGUGUUGUUGCUGCACUUAAAGUGAGAAAAUUAACUCAAAUUCCUUUAGAAACUAUAAAUAAUUUACUUAUUUUCUUCCUUAAGUCUUAAACAGUCUCUUAGUAUCCUUCAGAUUUACCUAUUAAUUUAUUCUUAUUUCCAGGGGAUCUUGAAGGAGAACAAAUUUACCUCUGAGUUCCUAACCAAAUUGGUAGCAAUCACUUUAUUUCUUUUGUGGCACAUCAGGACAGGAGGGGGAGAUGAUCUGGAGGAGUUUGAUUGUAUUGGCAAGGAUGAAGAGGUUUAUAGAAUGGUUUUACUUGACAUGCCAUAUACUCAAAAUAGUCUAUUUUGGCUGGUUUGUUAAAGAAAAAAUUACAAUCAUUUUCCAAAAGAAGAUAGUAAAUGAUAAUUACAGAAUACAAAAAGAAUACAGGCAUAUAUCUUAUUUUCAUUAUUGGACAGGCAAAACAAAAACAGAUCACACUGCUGUUCAUGUGAGCACUGCUAUGAAUAAUUUUUCCAUUUCUCUAAUUAUGUACAUGCAUUGUUGAUACAUAAAUGUGAAAUGGUAACUUUGUGAAAGAUGGCAGUGAUGGACUGAAAAUGGAUUGUAUGAGUUGAUUCAUAUUUGCCUCUUCGUUUUCUCUAUAGGAGUGUUGGCAAAUGACUCUGGAGUUUACAGGUAUUUUGCCUGAAAAUUUUUGUUGUUAAUCUCACAAUAACACUGAUUCCUCCUUGUACAUGAUAUUUAGCAAAAUGAACAGAAAAUGUGAUAUUAUUUUCUUUAAAUUUGUGGAAAGUGUGGUUUUUGUAUGUGACUGAGGUGUGCAGCUAAAUGAAGGGUGUGGCUGACCAAUUUUGAAUGUUCUUUCUUACAGUGGAGCUAUUUGAUAGCCUUGUUCUUCAUGUCUGUGACAAUGACCCAUCCAAGGAACAGUCUGCAGCAGGGUGUGAUGUUCUACCAGCUUUGAACCUGUUAUGUCAGUGGAUGGUGGGCUCAUCUCCUAACACCUGGAAUGGACAGCUGCUGAAGAAGACUAAGUAAGGAAGUUUUUUCGUGGCAGGAACAUUAGGCUUGUUUACCAUGUACAUUUUGUGAGAAUCGUUUUUGGUAGUGGCGUCAAGACUAUCCUGUUGCUUAACUGAUCCACCAUUAAACAGUAUAUCUAUGAUUUUAACACUGAAUCUGUAUUAUUUUUAUAUCUAAUUUUGGACAAUUUUCGUCUCUUCGGUAGUUGUAUCUGAGCACUUUAAGUGACAUCACUUAUGUUCAGCUUGAUUUGUGCUCUUUUAUUAAAAAAAAAAACCUCUUCCUUUGAACUAGUAUGUUUAUAUGAUUUACCAUAGUUAUUUUUGCAUGUUUGAUUACGUAGGGUGUGGGAGGACUUUGCAGCGUUGUUAAACUUAUUACAAGUGACACACCCUCAUCUUCCAGAGAAAAUUGGUGAGUUUUCAUCCGUUAAACCAGUGCAUUUCUUGUUUUAUAAUGGAAACCCAAUCCUUGCUGUAAAUGAUCGCUGCACGUCAGAGCACUUUUUGAUGAAGUUUCCAAAGUAAUUAGAACAAAGGGAAACGCGAGAAGAAGCUUUCCAUCUGAUUGGUUGAGAAGGUUUUACUAGACCAAUUACAGAGUGUAGUGGAGCAAAAGUUACGCUGCUCCAGAUUUCUUUCGAUCCUCGAUAAUGUGAAUGUCUUUAGAAUUUAUAAAGAACAUAGUUUCCGGUUGCGCAUGUAAGGGAACUCAUCUUAUUUUAAAUAUAUUUGUGUGAAAGUUUAUGAGACGUAAGGUAACAUUUUAGGUUAUCGAUAACAAAUCCCUUCUGAAAUUAGUAGUCUGAUGAUGCGAAGUUUCCUUUUUAUGCACAAUAGUUGAUGUUUUGUUUACAGAUCUUCCUCUUCACGAAGACUGGGAACUGCAGAGCUUCCUACCUCUUAGGGUCAGUCAGAGGUACGUAUGGGACAUUUCCUAGUCAGACAUGCGUUACUGAUCAAAUGUGAGCUCAGAAUGGCUGUAUACAAGCCAACUAGGCCAGUCUCCUUCUCAGCAGGCCUGGAAGUUAGGAAUUCAUUGUUCACUACGAAAACCUGUUUCACGAUACUCUUUUUGUUCUUUUUUUUUUUUUUUUUUUUUUACUGCUGUCAAGACCUACCCCUACUGCUUUGCUUUAUGAAUCCGUUACUGUGAAGCUGUUUCCUUUCGUUAACCUUUUUAACCCCCCAAGAGUGAAUAGCACUUAUUUUUUCUUACAAUGUCAUCCCAGAAUCACUCUCACACAUGAAGGUCAUGAGAAAAAAAGGAAAUGAUCACCAACUGAAGAAGCUCUUCAUUGUUGAACGAAUUCUCCUUGUCAGUACCUGAGGAAAUUUUUAGAGAACAGUGUGGAGAAUGUGCAUGCUGAUGUUAGGGUGUAAAGGGUUAGGAAGAACGUCUCCAGUUACUUCAUGACUUCUGAGGUGGUGUUUAACUUCAUAGUUUUGCAAAUUCAUGAAAUAUAAAGUGUUUUAGUUCUCAUAGCUUACGUCCGACUUAGUUUCAGAAGAUCUCGAGAGUUCCUCGUAGAGCUUGUCUUUGUAAAUUCUAACGACAGACAGACUGAUACGGUUCGUUUUGUUCUUUCUUUCGCCUGUAGGAAACUAACUUACAGUAUGAAGAGGACAAGACCUGAAGAUGAGUCUGUACAUAGAGUUGGUAGGCUGGUCAGGUUUGGAAAUCGACUUGUGAAUAACGCCAGGUGAAUAAUGUCAUUGAGCGUGUUUCGAUUACGUGUUGUAACUGCAAAGCCAUAGUAAUCAAAAUGGACAUAUGGAACUCAAAGAAAAAAAUUAGAAGCUCAAGAAGACGCGACUAACCAGGUCAUGAUUGGUUGACUGGUUAGGAUGAAAGGGAGAAUUUAUAUAUCAAUCAUUAGGAGGAGUAAUAGAAACCAAUGCAAUAUUAUUUUCGACAGUCGCUGCAGAUGUCUUUAACAGUGUUAAAGUACACUCUCAGUUUCUCAGUAGCUGAAUAUCUUUCUUUUUUUGUUUUUUUUGUCACUUGUAGUGUCUUGUCCAAAGUAGAGGAUCUCACAACUGGCUUGUCUCACUUCUCACUGAAGAUAAACACUUCAUCGCCCAUCGAAGAGGUAUUCAGUUCAUUCACCUUCAGUACAAUUAUGGUUUUAAUUGUGCUGAACGGUUCAAUACAGAGUUUGUGUGUUUCAUUGCAGGAAGAAAAGUUUCCAAAGUCACCCCAAGACAUUGAUUUGGAGUCUGCUGGGCAAAAGCUUUUGGCUUCUUUGCCCAACCUGAACAAAGUAUGGGACUUGAUCAAGCGUAGAGAAGUAUUUUGUCGCCUUGAGACCAUUAUUUGAUCAUGCGUUGUCAUAUACAACUUUAUUUUGGAUAAUAAAAAUUUCACUUUCUUUUUGACUGAUUUUCUCAUAGAAACGAGUUUCAAUGUUGAAAAAUAAAUCACUUUAAACAUUAGAUUUCUUUUAGCUGUGACAACCCCAUUGUAGCGGUAACUUCUUAUUGGUAGUUUCAAUAACUUUAUUUUCAGACGACCCCAGUAGGAACACCAUUUGCUGAAACGAGGUAGGAAUGUCUUAAAACAUUCGAAACGUAAUAUCUAAUCUCUUUAUUAUUUACGAUAUUUCCAUAUCUGUCGAAGAGAGAAGACCAAACUGACAGUAAGGGACUGACCGACACCCCCUCUCUCUCUUCCACCCCCCCUUCCUUCCUCCUCCACCUUCCAUGCAAAGUCAUUUUGGUCUAAUGCUAAGGAUAAUCCUUAAAGAAAUUGUCCUGUCUCGCGAAUUAUGCUAAUACAAACACCCCGAAAGGUUUAUUUGCUUUAUACCCCGAACAUUCACGCAACACGAGAGGUACACGUGAUAUUAUUUGCGAGGGACUAGAUAUUUUGGGGAGUGAUUACAUUGGAAUGAGGCUUGACUAGGAAUUCAGUUCUUAAACUUGAUCGUCGCUUUAUGUUAUUAUAUCUAUUUCAUUUCAAUGACCUUAGUGCGAGAGUCAAGUAAACCUGGAAAUUACUUUCCAUAUAGUUCUAAAUUGUGUUGAACAGAGUGGUUUAGAGAAACAGUAUUGUUGUGCAUUAAUCAACCGACCGUUGCUUUCUGUCAAAACGGUUUAGUGUCAGGUGAUAUUUACUACUGCAGUUAUAAAUGAAUUAUUGACUCGAAUUUUAUUUUCCUCUUGUUUCAUUCCACAGCUCCUUGUUCAAGGGACCGUUGGAUGUUGUUCAGACUUCAGCGGGAAUUGUCCCACCCUCCCCCUCCACAGUAGCGCAAUACUCACUAUUCCAGUCGGGAUGGAACGUACCCCUGACUUCUGCGGCUCUGUCUCAACCAGGUAUAACCUUUUCUUCCUGUAAAAUUGAAAGAUUUUUAAGGUAACAGAUGGUGUGAAUCGACUAACUUAACAACACGAUGGUGUUAUAUUGAUGAAACACCAACUCCUCUUUACAAGAAAAUAUGUGCCAUAGCCAAAAGCAGGGAUUACUAAUCAGAUUUUUGAAGAGAAAUGAAUGAAUAAAUAGAAUGGGUUGGUAGUUUCCCUCAGUUUGGAAAUCCUGACUCAUCCUUUCGUUGGUUUUCCCCCACUUUCCAUAACCUGAGAGCAAAUUACGAAAGGAAUUAAAAAAAUAUAUUCAAUUAUUAAUGGACUUUUUGUCACCUGCAGAUCACCCUUCCCCAAGACCUGUUCCCAAGCCUACACAUCACCGUGUAUCCCCGACUGACCACUUACCUUCGGCCACCGGAAGCAGUUCCGUAUUUCCACCCACUCUACCUUCUCCCCCGGUUCCUGAAAACCGCAGACCAACCAGUUUUGGAACCAGUUUCCCCCCCGCCGCGAUACAGGGAAAUUUUAACUCUCCUUCCCAGUCUCCUUUUGGUGGAUUUGGUUACGGUGGUGGAUGGAGUUCUGGGGUCUGGGCGCCAAAUUCAUCGAGUGCCAGUGGCAGUGGUGGAACAAGUCCUGGAGCACAUGGAUUACAUGUAAAGUUGUUUGUUUUGUUGUCUUUUUUUGUCCCGACGUAAAGUGUGUAAUUUGUACGUGUGAGAUCAAUCGGAGUGUGGAUUCGAAAAGUUUGAUUGGAACUCAUAAUGGUUGUUGUUGAGGUGAACAAAAUUAAAUGUUUCUCUCUCCCCAACCACACAUAAUGAUAUGGUUAUGCUACCAUCAUACUCGAUUAUAUUGAGGCCCAUUGGUUAAUCACGAAGUGGUCUUAUAUCUUGUUGUUUCCAUGUGGCUGUUUGUCUAUGGCUCACCUCCAUUGCGGGGCUAUGUUAAGAGCCAACAAGUGUACCUAUCUAUGGCUGAGACACGAGAAAUUAUGUGCACUGAGCGAUGUUUGUCUACAAAAACCCUCUAGCUUAAUGCCCUUAACCUUAUACCUAAACUUGAGCGGCGAGUAAAGCUUACGAAGGAGAAGAAAAAUUCUCGACACUUCAGUUGUUGUGGAUUAUCCAGCCAUCAAAAGAAGUGUGCUGACAUGUAGUUCUGACAAAUAGUGACAUGCUAACCUUUUGCAUUGUAGUCCAUUUGGGGUUCCGACUUCACUCCUCCCUCGGAGGGCAUGUCCCCUCUGCAGCAACUGCUACAGGAGCAGAAGAAACACCAACAGAAGGACACCUGAUGAUCCAGUUUAAAAUCCUAAGUGAGGUUCAACAUGACCAAUUCUAAGUGGUUUCCAUGAAGACAGAGGGUGUAGUUACACGGGAACACGAGCACACCCAGCUCAAUUAUUACUGCACUUGGAGCUUUAAUACCAGUUCAUUAGCAGUCAACAUUGAACAACAAUACACCAACAUUGAGUGCUGAAUUCCUGAGCUGCUUUAGAUUUCCCCGUCAGUGGGUUUUUCUGCAGUUUUUGAAUCAAGAGCGUAGAAAUAUGACGAGCCGAAAAGAAAAUUUCUUGAAAACUCGGUAGGGCAGAAUCUUGAUUUCUCCGUCGUCUCUAUCAAAAGAACGUAGUAUUGAGUAAAGAAUAAGGUUCUACAUUUAGAUAUCAACACUUGGACAGUUUUAAUUGUAAGCUUCCAUACACAUAGUCACAGAAUCUGUGGCUUGUAAUUGAAAGUAUUUUGUUGUCAACCCUAGAUUCUUGUUUAAAUUAUAUCGAGUAAAGAAUAAUCAUGUUACUGCACAUUUUGAUGUGGAAAACAUAUAUCCAUGACUUAAGUUCGCCUCUAAAUUUUACAUGUUUCAGGUAAAAAUCCAAACUUAAUCUUUGAACUGAUUAAUCUGUGAUUCCAUAGAUGUAAGAGGGCUCUGACCUCUGAGGUCGCCGAGUAUGCAAUUCAAAAAUAAAUUUUAAGCUUAAUGUUGGCGAUUGCUAACAAGCGCCAGAGGGACCUAAGCUUGUUGGAAUUGUUUCAUAUUUGCUGUGUUGAAGUGUUGAAGCAUUUAUUUUUCUUCAUUGAACUGCGUUUACUCAGGUGGGCAGUACGUUCACAGUCAGUGAUAUUCAAUGUAUGUCAGGUUUCCAAUUUUCUCUCCAUCACUAACAUAUUGAAAACUAAAAGAAGGCAGUCAUUAAUUUGCUUAUCAAUUAAUGGUUAUGGCGGUUUUGGUCUGAUUAGAAAGUAUUGGUAGAAUUGCAAUCAUUUUGCAGGGGUGUCGCAUUUUCUUUUAGGAGCUGUAACCGUUGUAAUUUCGUAAUGUUGAGACGCUUUGUGACAAUAAAAACUUUGGUCCAUUAA